AUGGAGGGACUCUUUACUUUGCUCGCUCUAAGCAUUGUGAUGGCCGUAACAUCCUUCGUUGUCGGUUCAUUACCUCUUGCUUUUACCCUCUCCCCCUCUCAACUCCGCCUCAUAUCUUCGAUCGGCAUGGGUGUGCUGGUGGGAACUUCAUUGAUUGUUAUUAUACCUGAGGGCAUCGAGACCCUCUACGCUAGCUCUGCGAGCCAUAAAAGCCUUAGUACACGGACGGCCCAAGUCGAUUGGCAGUCGCAAGGCCUUCCUGUGGUGGUGCGAUCCACCCUGGACCGUAAUGACGAUGCCUUUUUACCGACGGAAACCCCCGUUUCAUUCCUUUCCUUUGACCACGAACCACCUGCCCCCCUUUCCGAUCGCGACCAGUCAUCGAGUGUAGUAGCAGGGCUACCUGCACGAAAGGACGACGACACCGACCACUCGAGCAAAGAGGAAGCAGAAGAAAACUCUCCACAUGCUUGGAUCGGAGUUGCUUUGGUUAGCGGGUUCAUACUGAUGUACUUGAUCGAUAAAGUGCCCGAGUUUGCUUCACCAACCAAGCACGAAAGGAUCCCCUACCACAUCUCCCUCGAUAACCUUGGAUCGGGAUUGCGACGGGGCUCCUCGCCCAUGCGCGACGGAGGACUUUUGAAUGCCGGCCAUUCGAGUUCCCGACGUGGACAUAGCUUCGCUACGACUACGGGGUUGGUCAUCCAUGCUGCAGCGGAUGGCAUUGCGCUGGGGGCGUCCAGCUCCGACACCGGCCUGAGCUUCAUUAUCUUCCUGGCUAUUAUGGUACACAAGGCCCCCGCCUCCUUUGGGUUGACCUCGAUUCUGCUCAAGCAGGGGCUAUCUAGCCGGACUGCAAGAGCACAUCUGUUGAUCUUUAGUUUGGCGGCUCCUGUGGGUGCUCUUGCCACUUUCCUUUUUGUACAUAUGGUGGGAUCUUCUGGCGGUGACGAGACUGGCUCUCUGUGGCGGACCGGAAUGCUCUUGCUUUUCUCCGGAGGCACUUUCUUGUAUGUGGCGAUGCACACCAUGCAGGAGAAUGGACCUGGCUCCACUCCGCGAGAAUCACCUGUGAAUGGAUAUGGUGAUUCCCGCGAAUCCCCGGAUGGAUCUGAUAAGUCAAUGAGAGAUUUGAUCGCAUCCGUCGUGGGCAUGAUCUUGCCGCUCUUCUUGCAGAUUGGCCAUGCUCAUUGA